GUUGGCAGCCAUGCUGCUCUUCUGCCCGAGCUGCGGCAACGGACUCAUCGUGGAAGAGGGGCAGCGCUGCCAUCGCUUCGCCUGCAACACCUGCCCCUACGUCCACAAUAUCACCCGCAAGGUCACCAACCGGAAGUACCCAAAGCUGAAGGAAGUGGAUGAUGUGCUAGGAGGAGCAGCUGCCUGGGAAAAUGUGGACUCCACUGCAGAGCCAUGUCCAAAGUGUGAACACCCUCGAGCCUAUUUCAUGCAACUUCAGACACGAUCUGCAGACGAGCCCAUGACCACCUUCUACAAAUGCUGCAAUGCCCAGUGUGGGCAUCGCUGGAGGGAUUAGGGAGGCUGGUGCAUGGCCAGUCUGUAGCCACGCCUCUGACAUCUGUCCGGAGGAUGUUUGCUGUGACCCUUUCAUAUGGCCUGCCAGGCUGUGAGCAAGCGAUCCAAGGUGCCAGUCAGUGAGAAGCUCCUUGCUGUUUGGGAAGAUCCGUGUUCUGGUUCGAGCACCCAGAGCUGGGCUCUUGUAAAAAUGCCCCAUGUGCUGUAUUUCCAUCCCCGGAUGAGUGGGGUAGCCACAAAGAUUUAAUAAACAAGACAAUCAUGAAGAAGAGAA